GCAUUCCAACUACGGCGUCCAGAAAUCAAUAAACUGGUGUUGUGAAACGUCGCGAGAGUGACAGUGAACUCAAAAUCAAUAUUACCGCCAGCAGACAGGUGAUACAAAAAUGUCGCACUCAUCCCAAGGUAUUUACGUUCCUUUACCUCAAUCUAUAAGUGAUUCAGAUUCGGAAAAAGAGGACAGAUUAGAAGGCAAUUCGCAUUACAUAACAAACGGUGUCAAUCAAACCAAAGUUAGUUUUUCUCAGCCUAAAAAUGGUCACAUCACGAAAGACUACGGUGAGGACAUCGACAAAUUCAAGACUUUUCGGCAUAAACUAUCAACAAAACGUAAAAUAGCUCUGGCAAUUUCGAUAGUGUUCUGCUUUUUACCAAUAAUUACUUUCCUCUGGAUUCUACCUUGCAACGACUUCAAUACAUGCUCAUUAAAAAUACCAAACUGGGAAUCUCUACAUGAAAAUCUCGAAUUCUUGGGAAGUGUGAAUUUAGUUCGAGGUGUUUUUCAGAAAAAUUUAAAUCUUGCAUUGAUGUACAAGGGCAGUUUUACUAAUACCAAACCAUUCAAGAAUGGAAUCUUAUCUAUAAUGGGAACAACUGGUGCGAUAGCUUGGGAUUUUCAACAAGAAAGCUUUCCAAUACAAAUGAACUGUAGUAUCAUAGAUGUCGACAAUAAUGGAUAUAAUGACUGUUUGGUGGUGGACAGUAGAGGUUUAAAAGUUGUGGAAACUAUCUCUGGUGAAGCGCUGUGGCAUGCUCACAGUUUAGAAGAAAAAUCUAUACCAGAAAUAGAUAUGCCUGUUAAAAUAGAAGAUUUAAACAAGGACGGUGUAAGUGAAUUGCUGGCAAUAUACAAGAAAAGCGGAUUUUUGAUAAUAUCUGGAAAAACAGGUCAAGCUCUCAAAAAUAUCCAACUACCAUCAACGUGUUCAUCUAUAAGCCUGGCAUCUUGCAAUACAUACUCCAUCAGCUAUCGAUGUAUACAAAUGCCAGGAAACUUGGUAACCUAUGAAGUUCUUUUAGAAGACAUCAAAGCUAAAUAUUACAACUCCAGUGCUAAUUUAAGGCUCAAUCUAGGAAAAAAUGAAGGUUUUGAAACAUUUUAUGAAGUAGGUGACCGAAAACUUACUGUGGAAAAUGUAAAUACUUGUCCAAAAUGUCAAAGCACCGUUACAUUAUACAGUGCUAACCAGACAAAAUUAAAUUUUUGGACAUUUGAUAAUUCCAUAGUGAUGCAACCUGUUCCUUUCAAGUUUCCUGUUGUAAAACCUAACAUAUACUCAUCCAAAGGAUACAUAACAGGAUUUAUAUUAAAAAUGUGGUAUUGGCAAGACAAAUCAAUCAAACUGUCUCCUGUAACCAGAAUCUACAAAAGAAGUGUACCUGUUCACAAUGAAACGUAUCAUUUAAAUAAAGUGUCUGAACAAGUGUUAUUGUUAUUACUGAAAGAAAAUGAUGCACAACUAGAAAAUGUAAGUCUGACUGAUGUUUACUUGAUAUGUAAUGGACCAGCCCACAGCAAUUGUCAACCAGAUUACAAAAAUCAAGAAAAUUCGAUACUCAUUGCUGAUCUGGACUUUGACAAUUCCUUAGAACUGAUAAGCUAUUCAAGUUCCUACAAGGAGAUAGAAAUAGAUGGGUAUGAAACUUGGCAUUUGACUUCAAAGCUUAAUGUGUUUAGACUAGAAAGUGAGUUUAGUAAAUUAUUCGAAAAUAAGUAGAUAGCAAAUUUAGAUAUAUAUUAUUGUUAGGACACAUACCAAAGAUAAAUGUUUCUGCAACUUUUUCUCAAACACCAAUCUACUCUAUUUUAAAUUUCUUAGGAUAUACACCAAUUUUAGAUAAAUGGAAUAUUGAAAGAAAGGUUAAAUAUGGAGGGCCAAAGUUUAUAGUGAUUUAUACUCAAUUGUUUUCUUAAUUGUUCUUCUUAAUUUGUUUAAUAAAGUUCUAUUUUUCAACUAUCAAAA